AUGGAAGCACAAACAGACACUUCUGUUUUGCGACCACCAGUUAAUUUAAGAAAUAUGAAUACAGGCAAUGUUUUUUAUACACCUUUGACUUCAUUUGCUGAAAUGUGGUAUCAAAUAUUUUUAUGGGCACUAUUUUCUUCCAUUUUUGUUCAUACUAUAGCUGGUGCAAUUUGUUUUGCUACAUUAAGGCAACAUAAAUAUGGAAAAUUCUUCCCAUUGCUGAUAAUAAUAAUGGGUGUAUUAUUACCAUUAACAUCAGGAGUUCUUAGCUCAGCUGCUGUUGCUUUUGUAUACAGAGCAUCUCGAUAUCCACUGCCACCAUUGUAUGCAUUAUUUUGGGGUAUUGGGCAGACUGUUGUAGCAGGAUGUGUUGGGUUUACAAGAAUUUUAGCAACUUUGUAA